CCCGCCUCCCCAGCCCCUGCUUCCCCGCGCGCCGGCCGCGGAGCCUGGUCCGGGCUGGCCCCUCUGCUGCCCCGGGAGCGGGAGCGGGCCAUGCCGCCGCGGGAGCUGAGCGAGGCCGAGCCGCCCCCGCUCCGGGCCCCGACCCCGCCUCCGCCUCCGCGGCGGCAGAGCGCGCCCCAGGAGCUGGGCAUCAAGUGCGUGCUGGUGGGCGACGGCGCGGUGGGCAAGAGCAGCCUCAUCGUGAGCUACACCUGCAACGGGUACCCCGCGCGCUACCGGCCCACGGCGCUCGACACCUUCUCCGUGCAAGUCCUGGUGGAUGGAGCCCCCGUGCGCAUCGAGCUGUGGGACACGGCGGGACAGGAGGAUUUCGACCGGCUCCGCUCCCUCUGCUACCCCGAUACCGACGUCUUCCUGGCGUGCUUCAGCGUGGUGCAGCCCAGCUCCUUCCAAAACAUCACGGAGAAAUGGCUGCCCGAAAUCCGCACCCACAACCCCCAGGCGCCCGUGCUGCUGGUGGGCACCCAGGCCGACCUGCGGGACGAUGUCAAUGUACUGAUUGAGCUGGACCAGGGCGGCCGGGAGGGCCCCGUGCCCCAUCCUCAAGCCCAGGGCCUGGCGGAGAGGAUCCGGGCCUGCUGCUACCUGGAGUGCUCGGCCCUGACGCAGAAGAACUUGAAGGAGGUGUUUGACUCGGCCAUUCUCAGUGCCAUCGAGCACAAGGCCCGGCUGGAGAAGAAGCUGAACGCCAAGGGCGUGCGCACGCUGUCCCGCUGUCGCUGGAAGAAGUUCUUCUGUUUCGUUUGAGCAGUUGUGGCAGUGUAGUGAGUGGUAGACAGGAGUCCAGAGACUUCUGGAGCCUGGGGCACCUGGCAGGGCCUGGCCACCCCAGGGGACCCAGAUCCCAUCUGAACACUGAGGACAUGGGCCCUAGCUGUCCACUUGAUUCUCCAGAGGGAGCCCAGCACCUGACUUGGAUUUCUUUGGUCAAGACUAAGAGGAAAACGCCGCCACCAGCCAGGUUCGCGGGGUCUCUUAGGGAACCCCCAAGUCAGCUUGGCUGAGUGAGGACCCCCUGUGGUGGUCGUCAGCCCCUGAUGGUCAUCUUGGAGAGUGGAUGUGGAGAGAAAUGUGGGGUGGAGUGAGGAAGCAGAGGCCAGAGGGAGCUUGAGGGAGCGGAAAGUGAGGUUUGGAGUCCCGGGACAGGAGGCAGGUGAGAGGGCAGGACCCAGAAGGAAGAGGGCAUGAAGGGAGGGAGCGCAGAGGAGGAGGGCAGCUGUGCGGCGGGCUGACACCUGGGCUGGCCUCCACCCCCAAGGCCAGGGAGGGUGGGGCUGGUCCCUGGGAAGAACCGGGUCUCUGGGCUCCCUCGGCACUGCCCAAACUGGCUGGGCCAGAAGUGGGGCAGGAAGUGAGAGUCAAGGCCCAGCAGAGGGAGGGGGAGGCGCUGCAAAUUAGAGCCUGGAGGAGGAAGGGGUCGGGGGUCAUCCCCGUCCCCAAGGUC